AUGGACUACGGCUACACCACCUCCUACACCGCCGCCGGCCACAGCGACGGCGGCGGCUUCCUGCCCAACUCCCAAAACCCCGACUCCGGCGGCGGCGCCAAACGCAAAUUCGGAACCGACACCCUCCGCCCCGUCACCAUCAAACAGCUCGUCGCCGCCCAUCACCCCUCCCCGGACGCCGAGCACUUCAUCAUUGACUCCGCCGAAGCAACACAGGUGACCUUCGUCGGGCAGAUCCGCAACAUCAGCACCCAAACUACCAACGUGACGUACAAGCUCGAUGAUGGAACGGGGAUUAUCGAGGUGAAGAUGUGGAAGGACAACGAUGCGCCGGACGAAGGCCGAACGGGAGGACUGGUGGAGCAGGGGUACGCGAGGGUGUGGGGACGGCUGAAGGCGUUUGCGAAUAAACGACAUGUCGGGGCGCAGAUCAUUCGGCCCGUGGCGGAUUUGAACGAGGUGCAGUACCAUUUGCUCGAGGCAACGGCGGUGCAUCUACACUUCUCGCGUGGGCCGCUGGAGUCGAUGCAGGCAAAGGGUGGUGCUGGGGCAGCGAACGGGGCGAAUGGGGCGGACGGGACCGAUGGAGGGUAUGCGGGGAAUAGCGCGGCCACGACGAUACCGGCGAAUUUGAGUCUGCGGGCGAAGAAGGUGCUGCAUUGCAUCCAGAACGCGGUGCAGACGCAGGAAGGGUUACAUGUCGAGCAGAUCGCUGCGCAGACUUCGAUGGAUUUUGGGGAAGUGCAGAAGGCGGGGGAUGAGCUGCAGAAUAAUGGGUUGAUCUAUACGACUGUGGAUGAUCUGACGUGGGCGUUGCUGGAUGUGUGA